AUGACACAGCGCUAUUUCGACGUCAACAUGAGAUUCGAUAUCCAACCUCCAUUGCGAAUCUCUCCGGGUCAACGCAUGAGCUGGCCCAUCGUGGCUACAUUUGAUGUUGUUUCUCACUUGCCUCCAGAGGUCGUAAGGCAACACAUCAGAGCCAGUCAAGCAAAAUUGAAUAUUUGGAAGGGAAUCGACCCUGGCCCUGAAGAAUAUGAGGUGGAAUUAUCUGCCGCUCUCGUGCCUGUAGAUGAUGGCCAAAACUUUCAGCUUCGGGCAGUAUUUCCGGAUGUCCACAUCGAUUCUACGGGAGGCUUCUUCUUAUCUGUACAUGGGGUGUUUAGCAUGCUUGGCGAUCCCAAUGUCAGAGAUAUAAUGGUCAAUCUUGAUGUUAGAGUUGACGUGGAGGAAGGCUCUCCAGAGAUGCAUAAAUAUUCACCGAGUGAGAUCGGAUUCCUUCGGAACAAUUAUGAGUCCCUUAAUAUGACGGCGCGUGAAAUGGAGGAAGCUAUCAGGAGAAGGAAGGCUAAGGAGAAGGGACUUGUGGAAGAAAGGACGGCGAAAGAUAUCUCCAACUGGUAUUUCAAUGGAAUGAGGCUUUCACAUUCAAUGCUCACAUUAUUUCUUUGUUACCACUGGACGGAACAACGCGAUUUAAUCCACAAAACAUCCAUCGUCGAUGUACGUAGUAGAUUCACGGAGUCGUGUAUACCCAGUAAACACCAAACAGCGGAAGACACUGCCGCGGAGCACUCCGCGGUUUCUUGGCUCUACGUCACAGCCAUCUCCGCGGCCAAUGGGAGAAGCAAGAUCCCAAAAAAUAGCCCCAUUGACACAUACAGCGUAGUGCAUACGUCGUGCAUCGGCCGUGCAUCGCGAGGCUCGCUUGCCGAGGGCCGUCUUGUACCAACAGCUCCUUCAGAACCGGUGAUAUCGCAAGAUCGAGUCCCGGGACCCGUACAGUUGUCUAUCUCCGGCCGGCAAACUGAUUGGCAAUCUAAGAACGUGGAGGCCGUUCCAAAAAGACAAGAUAACAAAGUUGGCCAGAUCCUUGUGGAGACUGGGAGACGUCAUCAAGGGUCCGGGCCAGUGUCAAUCUGUGUGAUUCAAAAACAAGCGGUAUGCGAGCAAGCCGGGCUGAUCUUGACCAAGAUAGGAUGCAGAGUGCCUUGUCAGGCCGCUUUUACCAGGGGCCUUAGCGAAUGGGAGGGCACCGAACAAGCCAUGAUGUUUUCCAGAAGGGCGCCAGAAGGGACUGAUGUGAACCACUUUUGCCGAACUAAGUGGGGUAUGGCCCCAAUGGCGGUGACAAGGAUGGCUUUUUAUCGUCAUAGUUAUUGGCAGUUGCUGCAGUCACUUGAGAAGAUUGAGCCGCCAAUCCCCGAGAUGUUACUGGCCGUUUCGGCAGCCACAAAAGUGGGUGAUGAAUCAUCUCCUGUUGAAUCAUUUCACAAAUCGGAUUCCGACGUGAUGCCGGAAGGACUGUUUAAGACAGACAGUUCAACGGGAUUAUAUGCUGUCCCGGCCCGAUGA